AUGGCGAAUUCAACAGGUAAACCGACAAGUUCAACACAAGAAGAUGAAGAAGCUACCUCGGCUACAGAAAUAUUAGCACAAUUGAUGCAAGAUAUUAUAGAUCGUGAAGAGGAUAUAGAUGAUGAAGACGAUAUAGAUGACGAGGUUAUAGAUGAUGAAGACUAUGAGGUUGCGUCCCUUCCAUUAUUACAAGAAAGCCAAGCUAAUCAAAAGCAGUCUAGGGAGAGGGAAGAAGAAACUGAAAAAAAUCAACCUAAGAGGUUUAAGAAACAGAACAUGAUGAAAAUAAAUAUCCAUGACUUUUCAGAAGAAACUCUGAGGUUAAUUGAGGUAUGGUACGAAGCUGAACUCGAUCCACAAGAUAUAUUCGGCGAUAAUGAGGUGACGAGGCUAUUCAGCAGACCGAUAAAGAAGCAGUUGAUGUCGAGCGAUGUCGAUAAAGAUCAAUGCAUGCUCAUGUUAUCGAAGGAGCAAGUGAAGGAGAAGAUGCUUCCUUUUCUAGAAGAUUCAGAGAAUCCGGUAAAGGGGAUUGAUGUUUCGGUGUAUGGACCAGACGGGAAAGUUCAACAGAUGGAGUUCAAGAUGUGGAAUGGGGAUAAAACACCUGUGUUAACUUCAGGGUGGAAGCAGUUUGUGGAAGAUUAUGGUCUUUCGAUGACUUGUGAUUUUGUCACUGUUUGGAUGUUUAGGCACAUAAAGACUCGAAAGCUUUGCUUUGCUAUUCACUACGUUAAAUUUUCUUUAAGAGAUUAA